ACGAACUGGAAGCAGUCAGCAUGAUCAGCGAUCUAUUUUCAAGCUGUUUCACGAAAUGCUCCAGAUCUCUAGUAUAUCGUUCAAGUAGCCAGGGUUAAUCAACAGACGCACCUUGGCGUUGCUCUCGACAUAUCAACGCGAAUAUCGGAACAACGUGCGCCGAGUACAAACAGUUGAGCGAUGAAGUACAAUAUAACAGUGCCGGCAAGAGGAAAUAUCUCCACCCCAGGCUCAAUCGAGUUUCUUGAGCAUACUCUGCUUAUGCAGUUAGUUGUGCUUUCGACACUGGCGGUUCUUGGCGUUGUAGGAAAUAUAAUAAUCAUUGUGACUGGUCUUAGACGUCUAUGCCUAUCAGACUUACGAUUGCGUCAAGAGUACAAGACAUCGUUCAUAACGAAUCUAGCAGUCGCUGAUAUCUUGAUUCUUAUAUACUGUGUUCCUUUACACUUAACUCAAGAGAAGGGUCUCCCAAUGAGUGAGUUUGUCUGCCGCUAUCUCGUGCCAUUACGAGACGUUCUCGUUCUGGCAUCAAUUUUGACAAUCAUGGCAAUUAGUUUGGAACGUGCGGUUGCAAUCAUAAACCCGUUCUCUCUGGAGUCGUCUCAACGCCACACAAAAUACUGGAUAACACUUAUCUGGAUUGUAGCGUAUCUACUCGCCGGUUUACCAAUGGCUUUUGUCAUGACAAGUAAUGGGAAAUACUGUUUACCAAAAUGGAGUACAGUCAAGCUAAUGAAUGCACACAAGACGUCUGCUGUCUUGUUCAUCAUUUUACCAGGCAUCAUUACCACAUUGUCUUACAUCUUUUGUGUGAGGUCCUUGCGCAAAUUCCGGCGACGACGGGAAAAUAGCAACGAAAGUACGGGCGUUCAACGGUGGUCAUUUAUCAAACAGACACAAAGUGUAUCGCGUAUUGCUGUAGUCUUAGUAGCGGUAUUCUGGGCAUGCAAUCUUCCCCUGGUUAUAUACAUGCUUACUGCCAAUUACCAGCUGAUUACUCCUUCCCUGGAGGAGCACACAUACUCUUGGACAGUUCUAGUUAUACUGUUCUUCAGUGCUAGCAUGUUAAACCCUAUUGUAUUGAUUGCUUUGAGCCCUUUAUACCGGAAGAGUGCAUCAACUUGUGUUCGAUUUAUAUUUACGAGGGGGAACCCCAUUGCUCGGUAUCGAUCAAGGGCACAAUAUACCAAGGAAACUAUCAAUAGAUCCGAACAUAUCUCAAUUGCAAAUAAUGAAUAUGGCGGCGAAAAUAAUAAUGCAAGCGAAUUUGCCCUAACAGCAAGAAAACAAUCUUGUGCUGAAUGAGGAGGUGCCAUUAAACAAGAACAAUUAUAAGCAAGAUUAUAGAGGUCAUGAUGGUUGCCGUGUCAACGGUGAAAUAUUGUAAGUUGCUGGAUGAAAACAAUGAAGAAUUUCAAAACAGUAUCGACUGAUUUCACGAUAUAGAACUUCACAACUAUCAUAGUUCAUAUUCAUUGUUCACACUAGUCAGACGACCACGUAUAUUCGCACGUAUUGUUUAACUUCUAUAUUUGGUGUUAAUACAUUUUGCAAAAUGCACCAAGGACUUCAUGCGCAGCUGGAUAAAGUGAUUGCCAGUUUAUAUCUCGAAGCCACCAGCCAUGUGGAUGCAGCAAAUACCGUGCAACUUAUAUAGAUAUCGUAGGUUGAGUAAUCUAAAAUCACCUGAAUAAACACGAUGAAUAUAUGAAAUAUUGGACGUAAAUAACUAUAUUGCAAUCUCGAUUACAUCAG